CCAGUGCGCCAGUGCGGCAUUUCUGUGUGUAAUUCUGUAAACAAGCAGCAUGCGGUUUUUAAAAAUAUAACGGAUCUGUGCUUACCGAGCACUAAAAUGUAGCUAAUGGCAAUAUUAUUUCUGAGAAUAAGGUGUCAAUAAAGCUUUAAUCAUAAUUUCGGAAUUAUAAUUGCUUGUUAGUGGCUAAAUAAUUCUGACAUUAACUUGAAAGAGGUGAAACAGUAUUUUUGACGGUUGGAUUCAAUUUGCGAUUAAUGUAUUCAAUAUAUAUAUAACCACAUCCUACGACGUAGGUUUAAUGAUGGCCUUGGAAGCAUCAAUAGUGGAGCGUCUCCAAGAAUUAAGGCGCUGGCAAGUUCAGCAGCAAGAAAGAUUGCUUCAACACCAGCAAGAGCAACGGGAAACCUUGAGCCGUGAACAAGUCCGCAUGUAUCAAGCACUGGGCUUGUCUGUUCAUGACAUAAGCAGUGAAGGAAAUAGAAGUAUUGAUCCUGUAUUCAAAGAUUCCUUGGAAGAAAACUGUGUGAUUGACACAACUACAAAGAGGCAUGAGAAUCUCCUGAGAAUUCUUCCUGCAAACGCUGACCAUGUAAAACACUUGCCAUCUCAAAAGCAGCAUGAAUUGCCUUAUGAUUCUAGUCUUAGUUCACCCCAUCAACAUAUUGUACCUGAAAAAAAAAGUCCAGAAACUCCUGAAGCUACUCAGUUGUCAAAAUAUGUUGAAAAACAACUUUUAGACCUGUGCAUUGAUGAUUCAUUGAGCGUUACUGCACGAUCAGAUGCUUCAGAUAAUUUGGAUGCCAUUUCUAGUGAUAAAAAGGAUAGCAGUGAAGUUAAUUUUAGGACAGAGUUAAAGGAGGCUUGUAAAAUUAUUCCAGAAUUGUUAAUUGAAGGUGUAGAACCAUUGCCGCCAGAUAACCCUAAAAGGAAGUCUUUUAUCAUCGACGAUAUUCCCGUACCAUCUCCAAAAAAGGAUUUUCACACUUUGCUUGAGGAGAGAUUAAGGGAAUCUCAACUCGCAGUCGAAAAUGAAAAGUCGGUCAAUGGUACUAAUGCUAAAAAAUCGGUGAAAAGACCAUUUUUAAAAAAAGGUGAAGGAUUGGCCAGAUUCAAAUUGGGUGCAGCGGCAUGUAGUAGUUCAAAACGUUUGAGGCCACGCACUAUGUCACUUCCUAGUACGGUUAAAAUGGAAAGUGUAAAGAAGAAUGUAAAAGCCCAUUCCGAUAAACCUGGUGAAAUUUCAAAAUCUAUGAAGAAGGUAGCCCAGAAGAAGGUUCAAGUACAGAAGAAUUGUUCUCCUAAUAUUCCGAACAGAGCUCAAAGCAGGUUGAGUCUGAAAAACGUGAAACCACCCGUCAGGGUUCGUAGCAAAUCGAUGUGCAACCCGCGGGAACCACAACUGGAGAAUGUUACCAAACAUGACACUUCAGACAUUGAAUCUAAGACUAAAAGAGAGCUUGAAGAAGUAAGAAUUUUUGAACUUCUUGAGGAGAAGGCUGAGAAUUCUAGUUUCUGUUCAACAUCGAGCACUGUUGUUGCCUUGCUGCAACAAUCCGUUCAAUCAACGCCACUUAAAUCAAAAAGCGUUAGCAAAAAUAAAGUUUCGACGUUGGCACAGAAAUGGAGAAGCAAAGAACACGACAUUAAUGAAGAUUUACUACUCGCCGAAAUAGUUUACACAACGCAGAGCAAUAAUUCUGCCACCUAUAUGAAACAUCAGCAAAGAGAAAUUUCCGAAAAUUCGCAACCUAGAAGAGACGUAUUAAACUUGGAGAAUCAGGCGACUGAUAAAUACGAGAUGAUUGAAAUUUUUGAUGAAAAUUCUGCUGAAAAUAUCUGUGAACUUCCGUAUGGUACUGACGUUGAUCCUAAUUACGGUACAGACUAUCAAAUAAGUGAGGAAGCUAAUGGUGAAAACGAAAGAAAUAUUGACCAUCAAGUCAAUUACGAAAAGAACACUAGCCUGCAUGUCCGAUUUUCGGAAUAUAACGAGUACAAGACAAUUGGUUUGACUGAUACUUCCACUAUAUCAACAGUAUCUGAAGCAUCACGAAAUUAUUCUGAUCAGAGGGCGUGGAGCGAUUGUUCGAUCACUACGGAUUCUUCGGAUGCUCAGGAAUCUACUUCCGUUAUUGGAGAUGAUGAUCAUCAUCAGUCUUUGUUCGAUCGAGCUACAAGCUUGGAGGGUCACCGCUCCAUGGAAAUGCCAUCCAAAGUUAUCCAACCACGGCACAUGAAUGCUAACAAUUACACAAAUCAUUAUUACAAUGACAAUUUUGCUUCAGAUUUGAAUCAAAAUCAGCAACAAGAGUUAAAUGCUGAACAGUCUACGGAAGAACAUCAUGGUGAUGAUAUCAAUAUUUCUGAUUCAGCUUCAGAGAACUACGACAAAAAUGAUAACUCAGAAGCUGAAAAUGAAGGCUUAUCACUAGCAGAUGCGACUUUAAUCGAAGAAGAGUUGGCUUCAAUGCAAACGGGAGGAGAGAAUGGCUUGAUAUUUAAAUCGGAACUUUUGAAAAUUCGAUUAUUGGAAUUGGAGCAGGAGAUCGAGAUCUUCAGAAAGGAAAAUAUAGCAGCAAAAACUCUAAAAGAAAAGUUGCAGGAGGAACGAAAAGCAUUGGAGCGUAAUUUGAAGGAAAAAGAAGCCUGUUUUGAAGAACGUAAACAAAGGUUGGAGAACGCUAUCCAAGAGGAGAGGAAAAGAUUAACUAGAGAAAAAGCAGCUCUAGAGAAUCGGUUGAAAGACGCACACGUUAAAGCUCAACAAAACAAACAGGAACGGCAAGAAGUACAAAGUCUGAAAGAUCAAUUAGAGGAAUUGAGAGAUGAAAUGAACCAGAAAGAAAGCAGAUGGAAUGCCGCUCAAGCCAGGCACAGAAGUCAGGUGAGAAUUUUACAGUCGGAGAAUUCGAAGCUAAAGCAGGAAGUUGAAAAACUUCAAAAUAUGCGAAGAACAACAACGCGAUCGAGGCUUCACAGUAAAAGUGUUAUACCUUCAAACACCAAAGCUAUACAUCGAAUAAACAAGGCGCUAGAUUCUCAGAAGCAUGUGCCACGAAAGCAGGACUCGUCUUCUGACGAGGAUGCAUUUUUGGUACAACCAAUGAUUGAGGCGAUGCAUUUGAAUGAUCUGGAAAAUGAGAAUUGUGACCAAGUGAAUUCUGAUGGAAGCAAAAUGAUCGUCUAUGACAGAAGCCAGUUAGGAUCGAAUAGCAAAAACUGUACUACAAGGAAACGAGACUUGUAUGAAAACCUACUGAAAGACGCAACUAUAGGCUUGAAAGAGAGCGAAGAAGCCACGCAGAAGGCAGUGCGUGGAUUGGAAAAUGAAAAGAAUUCAAUCAAAUGUAACGAGCUGAUUACAAGACCUCUACGCGAAGCAAAUCAGGCAAGAGAUUUAUCUGAUGGAAGCAAUUUUGAGCAAGGAGACAAUCUUUCAAAAGGUGAGAGUGAAGGCAUGACUGGAGAAAUAAUUGAAAUUGAUAAUGAAAAUGGAAUUGAAGAUUAUGCCAACAAAAAGAAUUCAUCACUGAAAACUUCCGUGAGCAGCAAGGAAACCAUAGGUACUUUGAAAAGCCAAAAGUCGCCGAAUGUCAAGAAUGGGGGGAAAGUAGACAAACAAGGUAUAAAAGAAGUGCAACAUGCAGAUGGUCGUGUGGAGUUCUGGUAUCCAAAUGGUAAUGUCAAGAAAAUUUCUGCUGACGGGAUGGUCACGAAGUUGAUUUACUACAACGGAGAUGUUUGCGAGAGCAGAAAAGAUGGAAGCGUUAAAUACUUUUAUGCCACUACAAGAACCUGGCACACUACAAUGCCCGAUGGACUGGAAAUCCUGGAAUUUCCUGAUGGACAGAUGGAAAGGAGAUCAAAGGAUGGAACUGUAGAAGUAUCGUUCCCCGACGGUUCCGUCAGAAUAUUGCAGUCCAACGGGACAGAAAAAUGGGCCUUACCGGACGGAACUUUAGCCGAAACUUCAGCAGAUGGUGAAAAACUCCUCAUUUUGCCUAAUGGCCAGCGGGAAGUCCAUACAAAGGAUCACAAAAGGCGGGAGUAUCCGGAUGGAACAGUAAAAUUAGUCUAUCCAGACGGUUCCCAGGAGACACGAUAUGCCGGUGGCAGAGUAAGACUCAAAGACAAAGAUGGAAACCUUCUCAUGGACUCCCACCAUCAGUAACAUAUUAAAAUAAAGAGUUUUUUAAGACUGGAGAUGAUUAGUUCGUAGGUAUAUCCAUAUAUAGAUUUAUGUGUAACUAUAUAUGUACAAUCGUUCUUACAUGACAGCAGAGCAUUACCAAGAACUUAGCUGUAUUUCUGCAAUUUUUUAAUCAACUAGUUUGUAGUAAUCUGGAGAAAAGUAUUUCAAAAUACUGGAAUACAUAUUUUUUACUUUGUGUAAUAAAAUGAAACUGAUU